GAUUCCACCCUCUUCGAAACGCGGAAGUGAGGAGUUACUCGUUGGCUCAAAUUUGAAGUUUGGGUUAUGUUCCAAUUGUUCCGCGGAAGCAGAAGGAUCGCGACCCAAUUUGGUUUCUGUCGCAUAAAUCAGUCGACAAUGAACACUGGGGGCGACGAACUUAAAACAGACGACAGCGAGUCGAUUCACUCGAAAGGGCUACAGGAAGUGACCGACGUUCCUAUUGAUGUCAUCAUCAGGCCGUUUCCACCGGUUCUAGACGAAGAAAAAGUCCACAGUCUCGUCAAUACAAUAAAGGAUGGAGCAGACAUAAGUGUUGUUCCUCCCAUUGAUGUGCUUUGGAUAAAAGGCAGAGAAGGGGGUAAUUAUUUCUACUCUUUUGGAGGGUGUCAUCGAUUCGCUGCCUACCAACGGUUGAAAAUGCAGACCAUCCCUGCCAAGAUCGUCAAAUCCGACAUCUCUGACCUUAGGACUUACCUUGGAGCUUCCACUCCGGAUCUGCGAUAACUUAGGUUUACUGACCAAUCACUGUGUGAUGAUGAUGCAUAGUAGAUGCUUAUCCAUCAGGGGGCGAUAUAUACUUGCAGUCCAAAGGGGACAUUUUUUUUUAUCAUUGUCAAAAUAUGUUCAGCAUUAAAGGACCUGUCAAAAAAUUUUUUUCUUACUUUAAAAUAAUAGACAGGUAAUAUCAAUAGUCACAUCAUAACUUGUUGUGAUUUUUUCCUUCAGAUUUCAAAGCUAAUUGUUAUUAAUGGUUGAUAUUUAUUGAUUUAUCUGCCAUCUUUUUUUGAAGGGGUUAAUGCACCAAUAUUAGGUUGUACUUUUCAUAUAAAAUGCCCCCCCCCCCCCCCCCUUUUCACUCCAUUUAUUACUCUUUAGUUUGAGAAGUAGCCUCACCAUAAUGGUAUGCAGAUUUUAAAUGCUUCUGGUAUUUUUAGCACCCUGAGCUAUUGUUUAUAAAACAAAUAAAUCUCAGCCACUGCUAACCAAAGCCCACAAUGGAAAAUUUUGGCAGUGAAAACAGAAAUACAUGAAAAUGGAUUUACAAACUGUUUUAUUCACAGGCAAAUUCUACACUACAUAUGUCCAGUGGUUUGCCAAGAUGGAUGUAGGGCUGAGAGGAUGUGAGGGUUCCCCCAAGGCUCAUCAACAAAAGGAUGGAGGGGUUACAAUUUUUAGACAUUGAAGUAGACAUUUACUCACAAAUGACACCACAGUCCCUUGAAGCAGCAAGGAUUUGAAUACAACAUACAAUAGGAGUAGACAUACAAUAUAUUACUCUCACAGGCGUGUAUUCUUUAUCCUGUGUGAAGAACAAUGAAGAAAGAUUACUGCAGGUUUUUUUGUUUGUUUGUUUGUUUUUGUUUUGUUAAACAGAUGCCUGUAUUGUACUGCCCCCAAGUGGGCAAGGCACAGACACAAUGAGUCACAUUAUAAUAUAUUAUACAAUAAUUAUAAUACACAACUUGUAUCAUACUUUGCAAAUUAUUUAAAUAAAGUGUAAUAUUAUAGAAUUGUUUGCAUAUGUAGGGGGUACUAAUGCAAUUACUUAAAAUUGGUCACUUACCUGUAUGAAAUCGCACAUUCACCUUAAUUGUGUUAACAAACACAAACAUUUUAGGUCGUAUGAAAAUAAAUACGAACAUUCACAGCAACCCUAUUAAUGUCGUUUUAUUUCAACAAAAAUAGUCAUCUUAUAAUAAAGAGUGUAAAACCUAUUCAGAUAGAGAGACUCCAUUUGUUGCACAACCU